CGUAGCGCCCCGAAGGAGGCCUGUGUCUGCCCAGGCCGGGGCAGGGCUGUGGCACCACGUGGGUGGGUGAGUCACAGAGCCGGGAAGCUCUGCCUGCAACUCGGCGUCCGGACCCAGCGUUUCCUCGUGGCUGUCCCCUGACGCUGCUCUGCCCUGGGGUGGGGGACGACUCGGCACAGGCAUGACCGGUCUGGGUUCUGAGAAGCAUGGGCAGGCCCCUGGGCCAGAACCCGCCGGAAUCUCCUCCCUCCUCCUUCAUAAAUGGCCGGGUCGGCCGCAGCCCUCGGGUACCUGGAGCCUCUGUGGGACCCCAGGACAGGAGUGCCAUUGGGUUCAGCUGCUGACAGCGCCCUCUCCACCGUCUGAUCCGCUCGCCCUCUCCAUGGAAGGACCCGACACUGACACGGCAACCCACCAGUCAAUGCCAUUGCCCAGGGUGUUCGGCGUUCGCGACACUCUGCAGAUGGUUUGGGUCCUGAAGGGAGAGUCCCUGGUCACUGCCCCGCUCAGCAGCAACGUCCAGCCUGUCAGCCUUGCAGUAUUACCCUGCACAGGACUCCCAGAUAAAGAAAAAGGUAACCUGGUCUACCUGGGGAUCCAUGGCACACACCUCUCCCUGUGCUGCGCAGAAACGCAGGGCCAGCCUGCUCUGCAGGUAAAGGAGCAGGAGGUGAUGGGCCUCUACCAGAUGAACACGGCCCAGAAGCCCUUUCUCUUUUUCCACCACAAGGAGGGCUCCACCUCCUCGUUUGAGUCCUUCUCCUUCCCCGGCUGGUUCAUAGGCUCCCCCUCCAAGGAAGGACACCCCAUCACCCUCACGCAGGAGAGGGGCAAAGCUGACAACACCGACUUCCAUCUGCACCCCGAGGACUAAGUCAGCCUGGGCUAGGGCUGGCGGAUCCCAGGACCGAGGACGGAGCGUCCGAGAGCCUCCGGUCACCUCGGCCCCGCACCGCCUUCCUCGCGGCUCAGCCCGCCGCUGCCCCCCAAGAGUCCGGCCUCCAGACUCCAGUCCUGCUCUGCGCCCCCACCCACCCGUCAUCGCGGGAAACCCAAGAGGCAGUUUUCACUCCUUCCCGAUUUUAUCCACUCGGCUCUUAAGUUCAGCUCAUUCAACCCCCAAAUGCGUCACAAACACGACCCCCUCCUCCGGUCCUUCUGCCGACACCUGCCCGGGAGUCGUGGUCUCCAAACCCUCCUGCCCGGGGAGCAGUCGUGGAACAGCCCAGUGCGUGUCAUCCACACGUGGGUGCUGUGCAGUUACGUGCAUUUCAUUAUAAACACGAUGUACACCCCAAAGGUGAACUGUAAAGGAUGAGAUGGCGGUGAAAUAAAUGUCUUUAAAUAUCUGGAUAAUCAGGAUGGAUUCAAAACAUCAUUAACUAAUAUCUUGAGACACAACAUAUGCUUUAACCACACGUCAAAGACUCUAACAAGUCUGGAUUUCCCAACCAGCGUCUCAGAACUGAUUCUCUCAUCCUUACUUUUGCUAUAAUAUGUGGCUGGAAGUAGA